GAGGCAUCUAGGGAAAUAAGUGGAAUCGCACGAGUGUUGUGAGAGGGUAGUGAGGACGCACGAGAAGCAAGAGGGGUACAACGAACCCCUCUAGACUCGGUUCGAGUCUACGGAGCUCGGAGUUGUGUUCGAAUCAUGGCGACACCCGACCCCGUAGACCCAGCCACCCUAGAGAUAAAGACCCGUAGCAUAGAACAGACACUACACCCACUAGUAAAGCAGAUUUCCACGUUAGUGUCGCACAGAGAACGUCCGCUAUGUUCGGACAGAAGUCUCCGUGCCGUUGCCAGAGUCGGGCAAGCGGUGAACCUGGCUGUGGAGAGGUUCGUCACCGUUGGCGAAACGAUCGCGGACGGAAAUCCAGAGAUCAGGGACGACAUGUACCAGGCGUGCAAGAGGGCGAGAGAUGCUGGCUCGGCGAUCGAAAAAUUAUGCGAGUGCGCGACGGAGGACAGCCUAGCUGACCGAGGCUCCGUGGUGAGGGCCGCGAGAUGCCUCCUCGGCUCCGUGACCAAGGUCCUCCUCCUGGCCGAUAUCGUCGUGGUGAAGCAGCUCCUCCUCGCGAAGAAGAAGGUCGCCCGUAGCCUCGGCCGCCUCGAAAGCGUUUCCAACUUCACCGAAUUCGUCAAGGCUUUCAGCCAGUUCGGGGCGGAAAUGGUGGAAUUGGCGCAUUUGACGGGUGACCGCCAAAAUGACUUGAAAGACGAGAGGCGAAGGGCGCAGAUGGCAGCGGCUCGCCAAGUUUUGGAGAGGAGUACCAUGAUGCUGCUCACGUCCAGCAAAACCUGCCUUAGGCAUCCGGAGUGUCCGUCUGCCAGAGAGAACAGAGACACCGUUUUCUGCCAGAUGCGAAGGGCCAUGGACUUGAUACAUUACGUGGUCAAAGACGGUGUCCUCGAUUGCAGCGAGUCCCAGUCUUACUCCAAUUCCCAGAGUCCACAGCAGGAGGAUUGGGACAGCAGCACGGCGUUCUCCGCGUUGAAACACUUCGAGAGGUUGGUCGAAACCACAAGAAUGACCCUCCUAGGACCUGGUUGUCGAGAGACCCUCACCGCCGCGUUAGACACCGUCAUCGAGAGGACGCAGGAUUUCACCGACAGCGCGUACACGAGCCACGAGCACAGAGAGAAUAUACUUUUGCUUUGCGAUCGGGCGCAACUCGAACUUAACACCCUCCUGCGAAUUGGUAACAGUAUGAAUUACGAAGGCGGCGGUGGCUCUCCGAGUUCUGAAAUGGAGCAAGCCGUUCUGGGAGUGUUACGUACCACCAGGGAUCUUCGCCAGCAGCUGUGCACGACCACAAUGGAACAAGCGGCUGAUCUUGGACAGGUAACUAAAGCGGGUCAGGAACUUGUGUCAACGAUCAGGAACGUCGCUUUGGCCAAUGACAGAUAUCUUCUUCAAGAGAGCAACGAGAAAUUUCGCGAAUACAUUGAACACAUUCUCGAGGUGUGCAAAAUGCUGAGACACGUCGCGCUCUCGGAAUCGUUGCAAGUUUCAGCAAAGUUCACUGAAAUUAACUUGAGAAUAUACGGCCCUCAAGUGGUGACAGCGGCGUACACUUUGGCGAGACAUCCUACGAGUAAAAUCGCCAAGGAAAACUUGGAAGUAUUCGCCGAUAUGUGGCAGUGGCUCAUGACCGAUGUGACCACAGUGGCGAAAGACGUGUUGGAAUUAAACCAAAAUCGACCUGAGAAACAAGUUUACAUGUCAUUGCCACGGCCUGGAAAACACGGAACAACGAGCAAGCCGUUGAAGCCGGUGAAAUUGGACAGCGAGGAGCAGGCGAAGAUCGCGAAGGCCGGCCUCGAGAUGAAGCUGAUCACAUCCGAGAUGGACGCGGAAACGGAGAAGUGGCAGGAGAGCGGGAGCGCGCUCGAGGAGAACAACGACAUAGUGAAACGCGCCAAGAAUAUGUCCUCGAUGGCGUUCUCCAUGUACCAGUUCACAAGGGGCGAAGGGGCGUUGAAGACGACCCAAGAUCUGUUCACCCAAGCUGAGUAUUUCGCCGAGGAGGCGAACAGAUUGUACAAGGUUGUGAGACAAUUCAGCUAUCAGGUACCAGGCGGGCCGCACAAGAAAGAACUUUUGGAAAAUCUGGAUCGUGUGCCAACGUACGUCCAACAACUUCAAUUCACCGUGAAGAACCCCACGGUCGGGAAGGCGGCCACUUUUACAAAAGUCGACAACGUGAUACAAGAGACUAAAAAUUUAAUGAACGUGAUUUCGAAAGUGGUCACCACGUGUUUCGUCUGCGCUACAAAGUACAACCUGGAUUUCCGAGGUCUGUCGGCGCGUGGGGCCGGCGGCUCGCCGUACAGGGGCGGAGAGGGUGCAGGCGCCGACGGCGACGGUGGCGGUGCUGGUGUCGACGGCAGCAAGACGGGCUCCGCCCCCGGCAGCGACCCGUCCGUCUGACAGUUUGGGAUGGCCCGACGGGCCAAGGGGGACGCUCGCCGCACCCGGGUUUCCUUUCUACUUUUCUAGGAAGAACCCUCGCCUGCCCCAACGAAACGUACACGUCUCGCCCUCCUCCACCACGCUUCCUUCUUCGAGCAGAACAUUUUUCUUCUUUCUAUCUCGUUUCGAUUUUUUUCUCAUUUUUUUCUUUUUCUUUAAUCUGACGUGACAACUUUAUUCGAUCGUUGGAGAUUGAUUUUUUUUUUCGAUCUUUGAACAUUUCUUGCCGAUAAAAGUCAUUUCAGUGGAUUAAAAAACGGGAUAUAAAGAAAAAUCUGUUCGAAGAGGAAGAAAGUCACGUUGCAUUUCAAUGGAUUAAUUCCGAUUUGCAAAAAUGCGAAUAUAAUAAAGAAUAUAAUAAUGUUCGAAGAAGAAACUUUUCAAAAAAUCUUGAAAAUAUUAAUAUCAUCUGCUGCUCGUAAAUCAGGAGCAGAAACGAAUUCAUCAUUCACGGUGUCUCGUUCAUUUCUCGAAAAUGCGGCGAAACACGAACGCGAGAUAAAUGUAAUUUUCGUUAAAUGGACGAGGGAACGAAAGUAAUGGGUAAACUCUAUCGUAUUAUCGGUGCUACAGGGCCAAUCGACUGGCUUCCUGAUUUAACUAAGAAUUUACCUUAGAUGAUAAGCGGAUCGAUAAUUUCUUACAGAGAAAAAAAAAGAAGAAGAAGAAGAAGCACAGUUCAAUUUGUAUUCAACGACUUUGUUUCGUACUUUGAGACGAGGAAACGUUGCUUUUUCAAACGAGCCAUUUUAUUAGAAUAUUAUCGACGUGUACGUUUCUUCGAUCGUUAAACAUGCUUCGAGCACAAGCUGCUAUCCCAGCGAGAUUAGUACACGUUAAAUUAUAUAAAUAUAAAUAAAUAUAUAUAUAUAUGCGUUGCUCAAUACAAUAGAAGAAGGAAAAGGAAAAAAAAAAAUGAAUAUUAACGGGGCUUCUCGAGUCACAACCGCGCUCGUGUGAAAGCGAGGCUCGAAGACUGCUUUCUUUGCGACUGCCAUGGGGGCAUGACACGAAACAAAGGGGAGGAUGACGAGGAUAUUUAGGCACGCUUUUGCACAAAAAGGAAAGAAAGAAAGAGAACAAACGCACGCGGUCAAAUCGUGCGCCAUGAAAAAUUCCAACACGCAUGAUCCACCUUUGUCGAAGAUUAAAAUUUUACUUCGCUCGCUUUUAUUAUUAUUCGUUUCGAAACGUCGAUUUUUCUUUUUUUUUUUUUCAACGAGUGAAAUUUCCUCGUUUUUUCAACUUUUUCAAACAAGUUUUUAUUUCGAGAAUUCUUAUGUUGUUACGACUUUUAAAAAAAUCGUGUUCGCUUCGAGCACGAUAAUAUCGAAAAUCGAUCGAACAAGAAUGCUGAUUCUUCAUACUUGGAGGAAUUUCAUCGUGCUCGUAAAUCUCUUGGACGGUUGUUGGUUUCCAGGCUGCGUGUAAAAAUAUCCGCGCGAUAUUUCAACGCCAACAUUUGUCGUUUGCUUUUUUUAACGUUGCUUUGGAUAUUUUUUCUUUUUUUUUUUGCGUUUUACAUUCUCAGAUCUGUUUGCAAUUCCGAGCAAAGAGAUACUUUCCAAGAGAGACUUACUAAAUUUGCACGAUCAAAUUUCGAAUCGACAAAUGGCAAUAAUGGGAGCCAUAUCGAGGAAGAAAUGGACGUUUGCGAUGCGAACGGGCUAUUACGGUAAUUAAGAAUCGCUUUUACGCUGCUUUUUAUUACGAGAGGCUCUUUCGUCCAAAGUUCGUAGAGAGCAAUGAUCCAUACGACGCGAUUGUCAUAGCGGCAGAGCAAAAAAAAAAAGAAAAAAAGUACAGCUCGUUUCGUCGAUUAUUUCGCUCAGAAACUUUUGUAUUAUAAAGAGAGAGAGAGAGACGACAAUAUAUAAACUCGAAAUAUCGUGGAAAAAUAUCAUAUCCUCUCUCGAUUCUUUAAACUAAUCCGUGAUAAUAUUUUCCCUUAAUAUUUUUCAGUAAUUUAUUCGUCGUGUCACGCGAUCACCUCGUAUCGUCGAAACGUGCUGUCAAGGCUCGCUUUGAAUAUUCCAACAGUUGACCGAUAUCUGGCUAUUCAACAUCCGGCGAGAUAAUCAACACUAUUCUGUCUAUCUACUUGCUUAUUAAUUGAACGUCUGCUAUGCGAGCGUGGAAUUGGAUCCGUUCGAAGAAAAACCGCAUCGUACUUGGAAAACAGAAAAUUCGUUUCGACGAAUGAAAAAUGAUACCGAUUUUGAGCUUGAAUUGGUUCGAUUUUCAUCUCGUAGGGGUAGUCGAAGAGAGCGAAGUUAAACGAUUUCCUUUCGCAUUUAAAAAUUGCACGAAACAAGAUUAUUACACUCUCUUCCGCGCCUAAGGGAUCUAAUCGAAUCUCUUCGAUCGACAGCGAUCGAAUUCCACGCGGAAAAAAAAAAAGAAUGGAGAGGCUGUUCCUUUCACGCGAAUCAGAUCAUCUUUCGCUUUCUGCACUCGCUCGCUAGCACGGGGAGGAGAAAAAGUACGCUGCAAGCAAGAAAUUUUUCUGCGGCUCGAAAACGCAAACGAGCACACACACAGGCUUGAACGGGGCAGGAGGCGGUCCGUUGAGGGUGACCUGGGGGCGGCAGCAGGGCGGUCAGGGACGUACUUUGUGGCAAAGACACCAUGAUGACACUCUCACUGUCCGAAAUCUCGUGGCUCGAGCUCCGGUUACGUGUCGUUACGUUGGAAAUCUCUCGUUGCUUGGCUCGACUCGGUGAAACGAGCGAACCUUUCAAAAUUUCUCUUCGGAUCAAUUUUUAUUAUUGACGAAUUAUUAUUAUUAUUAUUAUUAUUAUUAUCUUCGUUUGAUCGAUUCGAGCCACACUGGACAGAGCUUUUUUUUUUCUUUUAGAGGAGAAACUUUAUUCACGGUGCCACAAAUUAGAAACGCGCAGAUUGAAAUAUUCGCGCAGAGUCGUCUUUGAAACCGCUGACGAAAAUUAUUCGAUUCGUUCGUCCUGUCUCGAUGACGCGAGAGAAUAUAUCGAAGAGAUACAUCGAGACUCGAUUUAUAAUAAAUAAUACCGAUACAAUAUCGAGGAUGUACCAUUCGAGAGAAUUGUUCACGAAGAACACGAUCUUGGAUUAUCUUUUUUUUUUGUACACGAGAUACGAGAUAAUCAAUUUGAAAAUCAUACGAAUUUAUUUAAAUUCUCGAGACAAUUCUCCAAGAAAUGAGAAAAGUUGCAUUCGUUUCAAAUCUCUUCGAUCAAUGAGUAACGGAUUUGCUUGAUGGACAAUCUCGUAUCUCGUAAAAAAAUAUUGAUCCGGAUAUAUCGCAAUAAGUAUUCUUCGUACGCGAGAAACAAUAACCGGAAGUCACAGGCAAUAAUUUCAUUGGAUCCGCUCGAUCGAACGAUCGUCACCCGUGAUCUUCCACGAAUACAAAUUCUCCGGUCGCAAAUUGAACGGGACAAAUUCGACGGCUAGAGCGAAGCCAAAUCCAAAGACAGUAAGAAAAAAAAGAAAUAAAUAAAUAAAUAAGUAAAAUAAGAAUAAUUAGAAGGGGAAAAGAAAAAGUAUAAUCACGCUUUCGCGAAAGGGUCAAGUCAUUUCAUCAUUAAACGAUCGUAAACGUUAAUUAAUACGUUGAACUUGUGCGUUCAACAGGCGACAAAUAAAAACCGCAAGAAUCGUUUGUACAUAGAGCCAUACAAGUAUAACGCGAGCUAAACGUCGACCAGUCAUGCAUUUCUCGUACUUACAAGUAUAUAUAUAUAUAUAUGUGUGUGUGUGUGUGUGUGUGUGUGUGUGUGUGUGUGUGUGUGUGUGUGUGUGUGUAUGUGUGUAUAAAUAUAUAUAUAUACAUAAAUAUGUAUAUAUAUAUGUGUAUAGAGGAUCGAUUCUGUAUAUGUAUUAUACAGAGUUGGCACAAAGAAUGUAAUACUGUACCGACCACACACAGGAUCAUAUGCGAAUAUAAUAGAUAUAUACGUAGAUAUACGUGGUCGAUGAUUUGCAAAGUCGUGAAUGAAUAAAUAGUAUAGCCAUUGCAAUAACGAUAUUCAGUAUAAUAAUCUAUAACCGGAUGUAUCGAUCGACUCUUCCUCAUCGAUCGGAGGAAGAUCGUAUAAAAUAUUUAUACGGCCACGUACGUAAAUGGGAUACAAUUGUUGGAAAUUUUUUCUCUUUUUUUUUUUUGUAUUCGAUGAUGUUAGAAUUUUUAUAAUAAUAAAAGAAUGAUCGAUCCUUAUCACGUGUCACGUUGAUACAUAUUUUCACGUCGUAUAAAAUAUAUUCAAGCUUCACUUUUUAACGAUAAGAUUACAUUUUGAUUCGAUUUCUUGGCUACCCAUUUUCAUUCCAUUACGGGUCAUUCGAUUCGCUUCUUCCGAUCGAAAUCGGCCGAUUUCUAAAAUCUGUGAACGAUUUCUAAAAUCGUAUCCAUCACACGUACUCUUUCGAUCGAUCAACGAUUAUAUUUAACGAUUGCAAGAAAAAUCUGUACGAAUAAUUAUAUAUAUAUCUCCAACGAUAUAUCCUUCUACGUAUUGUAAUAAGUACGCGGCUUAACUUGUUCACAGCGCUUUGAAAAUCGCCUCUAACCGAUGAGGAAACGUCGAUCAAGAUCCUCGAGAUGUUCCUAGAGUGUGAUUACGCGGAACGGCGUACGCGUAACCUCGCAGGAAGACAUUAUUAAUAACCGACGUUGUUAUGAUAAGUUGUGCGCGACGCGUUUGUACAAACUCUGUAUCAUACUUUAACCGCGAUCUUUAGAAGUAUAUAUUAUUAUUAUUAUUAUUAUUUAUUAUUAUUAUUAUUACUAUUAUAAUUAUUAUAUAGAGCUCGAUCAACUUGUUAAAGGGAAUAAGCUUAAGUUCUUUUGUAUAAAACGGCACAAAAACAUGUAUUUUGUAAGGGAGGGUGUGAGUUUAGUGAGAUCGUUGAAUUUUCUCGUUUCAUCCAAAAGAAAAAAAGAAGAAGAAGAAAUAGAAGAAGGAAUGGUUCAUAUGGUAUCGUUGAUAAUUCAGAAGGUAGAAACGAUUCUUGAAAUUGGAUGAUCAGAUCUCUCUGAUGAUUUGUUUAAGAUAAGUGUCAAAGUGUUCGAUAGUUAUCGGUAGUGAUUGGUAGAUUAGUUAUCGUAAGGAAAACUCUAGUUUAGCAAGCCUUGUUCGAUUUAUCUGUUUGAUUGAUCGUGAUUCGUUUCAUCGUGAGAUGUGUGUAUGUGUGUAUGUGUGUGUGUGUGUGCAUUUUCUUUUUUUAAGUUCUGAUUUAUAGUAAAGAGGACGGUCUUUGGGUCUAACGAAUAUAUUUCACGCCCAUCGAUUCGCUGUCUCUGACGAAUGGAAUUGAAACAAAAGGAUGCGAGAUUAAUGAUUCCAGAAGCAUUAAUAUUUUUGGAUACUCGGAUUAUUGCAUCCAUAAAUCUUGAAUCGCGAAGGAAUAAAUAUAUAUAUUUGGCCAUCUUUCGACCAAGGACCAUCCUUGAUGAUGUUUCUGCAAUAGAUUGCAAAUCUUCUCGUUUGAUGGAAAAUACGACGUUUCAAAUUAGGUGAAUUCAAAUGAUUUCUACAUCUUCAUUUCGUGAAUUCUUCCACGAAUCUUUCAAUCUUCCAUAGACAAACGUAUGUUUCUUGCAUUCUAUUGAAAAAUUGGUUCCUAUAUAUCAAAAAAUUCGCUCGUUUCAAUUACUUUAGGAUCAAAAUAAAUAUCAACAAGUUUGUACAAUCGUUUGUUCAAUAAUUUUCAAUUUCUAACAUUUCUCCAACGAUAAAAAAAUAAAAGGUUGCUCGCCGCCUAUGGAAAGUUGAAAUUUCGAAAUCACUAUUCGAUUCAAGGUUCGAUACUUUCGAGAUCUGGCAGCAUAAGUUUCGCCUAGGAUCGGGCUUCGUUGUUUCCUAUUCGAAGCGGAGUUUCUUCAUCUCUCGUAUUCAAAUUAAAAUUACAAUACAAGUGGUGAUAGUACACGUAAUAAUUCAUUCUAGUCGUUGCAUAGUGGUCAGUUGAUAAGUGUAAUCGUAUAUCGAUAAUAUCAUUAAGUAUAUCGUAACAGUAAUUAAAAUUAAACGAGUAACGAGGCGAUACGCUAGCAUCCACGAUCGUGUUAAUGGCGUUUAUUAAUCCCGGAAGCUUGGCAUUCGAUUCCAAGGAAAAAAGAGAAAAAUAUCAUCUCAUCAUUUUUCGUUUCAUCGAAAGCGAUAUUGUAGUAGUUUUCACUCUUUUUUCAUUUAUCCAUUGUCUCUCGAAUUUAUCGUGUGUAAACUCUACCUCAAUUCGUAGCUUAGCCACCAUCUCUGAAACAAAAAAAAAAAGUCUCUUUUCGUAAGAACAUUGUUUAACAUAUAGUCGGACUAUUUUUCAAUCAUCGAUCGCUGCUAAAUUAUUUAAGAAAUAGAAUAUUAAAAAUAAAAAAAAAAAGAUUCGAACGAUUAUUAGAAAAAAGAAAAUCUAGUGGAAAUCUUUUAGAAGAGAAACGAAGAAUGAAAAUUCUUGUCGCGUAAAUUAGAAAAAAAAUAAAAAAAAACCGAAGAGAGGCGAUUUUAGAAAUAGGAGUGAACGUACUAAUAACUCGAUUUAAUUUCGAUCGAAUAAUUUCAUAGAAUAUUCCUCUUUUUUUUUCUUUUUUCCAUGAAAAGAUGAACAACAACAAUGACUGUCGCACGUUGAUCGAAGCAACGCGCGAGACACGCACGCAUACUAUUUCCAAAAGCUGAUCGUUGCCAUCGAUUGUGCCUAUCUUCUUCUAAAACAGAAUUUUUACUUACGAGAGUAGAGAAAGGGGGGAUGGGGAUAAAAAAAACCAUGCCUGUAUACGCGUAAUUAAGAAAAAUGCACGUAAAUAAUCGUACGACGUUCGCUUUGUGACUGUUGUUCAUGCUCUGAAACAAAAAAAAGAAAAUAAGGGAGGGAAGAAGAGGAGAAAAAAGAAAAAGAAAAAAAAAACAUGUAGUGGUAACGAGAACGAAGUACGCAUAGUGCAAAUUGUAAUGUUAAUCUUAAUAUAUAUAUAUAUAUAGACGUAUGUGCAUAAUAUAUACUUAUUACGUAAUUAAUUAAAAAAGAAUAGCGACAACAACUGCUGUUGGUUGGACUAUUUCGUGCCUGUGGUGUAAUAACAUUAUCGGUGAUCGAUAUUUCAUUGUCUUCGGAUUUUUUUUAUUUGGAAGAACAAAAAACAGGAAACCGAAAGAAAAAAAGCAAUGAGAAACGUGAUUCGUAACCGUUUUGAAAAGUGAACGAUCAGAUAUACGAUCGUUUUUCUCGAAAAAUUUCAUUGGAUUCGAUUUUUUUAUCUCUCGAGUUUUCUUAAAAAACUGUGUUUAUUUUUUAAUUUUAUCCUGUAACAAAAUAUAAAAUGUCAGUUAUUUCCAGAAAAUUAAUCGAAUCGUGUUAUAAUUUUUCAAUAAUCGAUAACAACUCGUAAGUUAGAUCAUUUUAUUGAUAAAAAUUUAAAAAAGAGAAGUGAGAAUUAAAAUUUUAUCAAAAAAAAUUGAUUCUAAAUCUUGAGUUACGUGCAUUUUUUUUUCGGUUAAUCUGAUCAAAACGAUCGAAUAUCUGAGAAAAUAAAUCGGUUCACAAGGCGAUCGCGUUCAUAAAUCGCGAACAAUCAAUAUUCAACAAUCGUAGUCUUUCCAUUUUUGAAUAAUCUAGUGGAUCACAUAGAUAGAUAUAUAUAUAUAUAUACUAUCAUGCUUCGUCGUAUCCGUUGGUCCUACGUUAGUCGAAAUGAUUCUAGAACAAAUAUCGAUGACAAUAAUUUCGGGUAAUUACUUUCACGUCUAUUUUUGGCGAACACUUGGUCCCGAUGAAAAAAAAGAGAAAAAAAAAAAGAAAAAAGGAAAAAAGACAAAACAAAAAAAAAGAAAAUCUUGAAAUGAAAAACAGGAACGUGUGUAUAUUUUUUAAAAGUUAUUCGAUCGCGACGCCGUUGAAUCUCGAAAUGUACCGAUUUUUGAACGAUCGUGAAUAAUCGAAGUUUCACGCAAGGGAUUUUUGAUAUUUUUCUGGACGUAUAAAGACACGAUUUUUCUUGCGUCGAACGUUUCUUGUUCGAUCGUAAGUGACGUGAAAGUAAAGUUGGUGUUAAUGGUGCGACGAUUGUAUUCUUUUUCUUUUCUCUCUCUCUCUCUCUCUCUCUCUCUCUUUUUUCUUAAAUUGAAAAUCACAGGGAAGAAACGACGUAAUUUUUAGAUUUAAUCCACCCUUAAGGUUCAAUUAUUUUGAUCAUCAAGUAUCGAGAGAGUGUUGAAAAUUCUUUUAAUUAGAAUUGUAACAAAUAAUUGCAAUAGAUAUAACUAUAAAUAUUUUGCUUUCUUCGAGAAAUUAUAAACGAUAUGAUAAAAUUCAUUAUUUAUCAUAAUAAUGGAAAUUACGUAGCGAAAAAAGAAUUUCAUAAUGUAAUUUUAAUAACAAAAGUACAAAAAUAAUCUUUUAAACUAACUUAUAAUAGCUAACUUAUAAUAUGAAUUGAUAUAACAAGUGUCUAUUAAGAAUGAAAUACGCGAAAAUAUUCUAGUCACUGCUAUAGAAAUAAUUUUUGUAGUAACCAUUCAAUAUAUAAUCUAUCAUUAGUAUUCUAACGAAUAGAAACAAACUGUUUAAUACGUUGAUAAAAAGAGAGAAAUUUUUAAAUAAAUAAAAAAUUCGUAAUCCUUCUAUAUAACAAAAAAAAAAGAAAUAGAAAAUCACGAGAUCGCACCAUUUUAACGCCAACUUUAUUAAUUUUCUGAAAUUUUCUUCUCAUAGAAUCUCUCGCAUAAACAAAUUCGCCCAUAUAAUAAAUUUUCGGUCGUAUAUUGAAAAAUGUUAUUACCAGUGCAUUAUUAAUUAAUACAAAAGAAUGAAUAACGAUUAAACGAAAUUAUUCGAUCCUCUCUUUUCAAUCAUAACUCUCUAUAAUAAAUUCGUAUUCGUCGAAAGAAGAACAAAAAAUUCAUUCGAAAACUCUUCAACUAUAAUACUAUAUACAUAUAUAUAUAUAUAUACAUACACGCGUAUAUUUAUGAGCUUAUAGUAACUUAAAAUCGACGAGAAAACAUCGAUAGAUAGAUCAUUGAAUAGAUAGUAUCUAGAUCUAUCUUUUCUUGAUGCAUCCUCCACGGAUUUGAUUCUUUAUAUCUCUCUAUAAUUAAUAAAGAAAAAAAAAACACACACACACACACACGUACACCAGAAAAAACAAUUCGUAUUAUCUUUAUCUCUGAAUCGAUUUUAUUCCAAGCUAUACUUGUAUAAUCUUUAAAAAAGGAGAAAAAAAAAAAAUAUAUAUAUAUAUAUAUACAUAUAUAUAUACAGUGCGUGAACUCAGCGCGAGGAAAUAAAAUAUAGAUUUUUCUACAUUUUAUUAUUGCGACUGAUCGAUGUUAAAAAUAACUAACACGACUGCAAUUUCCCGCGAUUUUAAAAGUCGUCGAACGAUUUGAAGUCACGACGCGAUUUACAAAUAUUAUAUAUAUAUAUAUGAAUAUACACAUAAGUAUACACAUGAAUGUAGCUAUUAUAUAACAAAAAAAAAUAAUUACUACUUUUUCUCGGGACUGACAAAAAAUUUCGGUAUCCACUAGACGGUCAAUUGAGAACACGAUGUAAAUGUGCACGAGCCGUAAUCGUAUAGCAGAAUCUUUUCUCUAUUUGUAAUUCUAUUAAAGAGGAAGAAAGGAAAAAAAAAAGAGAGAGUGAGAGAAGUCGUGCGAGACGUGUUUCCUCGACAUUUUUUCAAACUUUGCCUAAUCAAUUUCUUACCAAAUGUCCACUUCGAGCCCGUCGACGAGCGUAAUAUUAUUAAUCGCGACAAGUGGUGAACAACAAUUACGUGAAACUCAAGAAUUUUCUUUUUUUUAAACGGAGAAAAAGUACUUUUAAUUUUUUGAAAAAUUUUCGAGAAGAAAAUUGUAUAGUUUAUAAUUCGUAUUCCAAAAGUUAAUUAUAAAUUAUUCUUUCAUUUUUAAUCAUACAGAAACAAUAUGUAUUCAAACGUGUUUCCAAUGACAAUCCAACAAAGAAUGUUAGCUCUAAAUACGUGAUUUAAAAUAAAAACGGGAGGAAGAGUACAUGUCGAUUGUUUUCACCCCUAGUCACGUGAAUCGAUCUUCCAUUUCGAAAAAUAAAAAAAAAGAAAAAAAAAAGUAUAUCACAUUUCGACGAUUUUUCGAGACAAAGAAUCUUUUCUCUCUUAAUAUCUACAUUAAUAUACAUGUCCGAGUAAAGUGUCCUAGUCUUAUAUCUCGUGAGUGAAUCUUACAUUGACGAAAUACAAGUGAAUUUUCGAUCGUUAAGGGAUGGAUGAUGAAUAGAUCGAAUUAUUGGAGGAACGAAAUCAGAAAUUCGUGAAAUCGAUUCAUCGCAUUUUGAAUUGUUUUCGGAAGUUUUCGGAUCAUUUGGAACAUUAUAAAUGAUAGGUGUGCAGAUUAAACAGAUGUUUUAAUAAUUUAAAUUUUAUUUAAAUGAUUAUUAAUAUCAGUGAUUGAUCAUAUAAAAGUGUUGUAUAAUUAUAUUUAUAUUUUAAUAAAUAUAAUUACAUUAUUUCUAUUCUUUUAUUAACUUCAAAUAAAUUAAAUUAUUGUAAUUAUAUAUCAUCUGUAUAAUCUGCAAUUAUGAAUCAAUCGCUAACAUUUAUUUCGUGUGAAUAAAAGUAUUCCAUGAUAUUUCAGAUAGAUCAAAGAAUCGAACAUUUCCAAUUAAUUUCUUCCAAUUGUCUUCAAUAAUUCAUCACAUCGUAAACAUAGCCAUGAAACAUGACUCAACUUGAGAAAAAACAAAAAUUUCUAUUGCAAUCUAUAAAUGCUCGUAAUGUUGUAUUAACAUCCGAGCCGAAAGAAACAGCUUCCAACGUGAAAUUGCAUGGCAAGAAAUCAAAUGCCAUUAAGAGACGAAAAAAGGAAAAAAAUAAGCACUGUAUCAUUUCUGUCGCUAUUUCUUUCUCUUCUCUUCGUUCGACUGUUCAACGUGGGGCUGUGAUUGUCACCAAAAAAAAAAAAUAAAAAAAACAAAAAGAACCUUAAAUAGAAAAAAAAAUUGAAAAAAAAAAAA